UUACGAGUGGCUAGCAGCGAGACGCGUGCGCCAGUUUAAAAGUGAGAGAUUGAGGUACGAAGACAUCCUCUACCUCCGAUUCUGUCCAUCGUUAUUCUGCGGACAAGGACUAUACGGGCUUGCAGAAGAUAAUAUCAUCAUCAGUGCCAGUUGGUGAACAUUUAUCGCAGAGGACAGAGUUCCAUAUUUAGGGUAAGCCGUCGUUACAGUAGUUGUUACUCAUUGUUAUUCACUUAGUUUUUAAGGUUUAAAGACGGAGAAUGUUGUGUUAAAAAAACGGGCAACAAUGGAACCCCAAAUAAACUGUUUCAAAUGACAACUUUUUGGGAGUAAUUUUUAAAGUGACUUUUCAACCGUUUGAGAUUGCUGUAACAGUAGGGAUUGAAACAAUAGAAAUUAAGACGGUUUAAAGGGAAAAUCCAUUGAAUCACGCUCUGAGUCAGUGUCUGUGGACCAUGGGUCUCAACAAGUUGGCUUUCCUCCGGUGCUGCUGCAGUUGUGUGAUAUCCACUGCCCGGUCGACAGGUCCCUAUGUUGCGCAUCAUCACGCAGUAAUGCGAGUCGCUUUAAUGGAGGACAUCCAAGAACUUCCUCACUGAGAGUUCCUUAUCUUUCACAUCCUUCCAGACACACACACUACACACACACACUACACACACAGUCUAUCACUCUCAUUUACUUACUCACACACACUGUCUCUCACUCACACAAAACCGCUCUCUAUAGGUCUGUCUCUUACACACACACACACACACACACACACACACACACACACACACACACACACACACACACACACACACACACACACACACACACACACGCACACACACACACACACACACACACACACACACACACACACACACAAGGCACCAUGUACCCUAACGAGUCUUGUGAAAACAGCACCAGGAUCCACGUGGACGGCAACCCGGUGGUCAGCACCUUCAUGUUCGUGGCCGGCGUGGUGGGCAACCUCAUGGCUCUCGCCAUCCUGGGCGUUCACCAGAAAGAGCGUCGCACCAAAUCCUCCGUGUUCUGCAUCCUGGUGACGGGGCUGGCUCUCACAGACCUGCUGGGCACCUGUCUGUUGAGCCCGCCCGUGUUUGUCUGCUACGCCCGCCGCUCCACCCUGCUGGGGCUGACAGGCGACCAUCGCCUCUGCAACCUCUUUGCCUUCGCCGUGUCCUUCUUCGGCCUGGCGUCCAUGCUGAUCCUGUGCGCCAUGGCGGUGGAGCGUUGCCUGGCGAUCAGCCACCCGUACUUCUACUCCAAGGUGGUCCGCCGGAGCUUCGCCAAGGCGGCGCUCUGCCUCAUCUACCUGUUUACCGGGGGCUUCUGCUCGCUGCCCUUCAUUGGGUAUGGGCGCCACAAGCAGUACUGCCCGGGCACCUGGUGUUUCAUCAAGAUGGAGACGUCGGCGGCCGGGGAGGAGGGGAGCGUCCUGGCGUUCUCCCUGUCGUACGCCUCCCUGAUGGCUCUGCUGAUCGCCGCCGUGUUCCUGUGCAACGGCUCGGUGAUCGUCAGCCUGUGCCGCAUGCACCGGAGCCUGAUGACGCGGCGGGGGUCGGUGGUGACGGCGGGCAGGAAGAGGAAGAUGAGCCUGUCGUGGUUCGGCCAGGGCGAGGAGGAGAUGGAUCACCUGGUGCUGCUGGCGUCCAUGACCGUCAUCUUCGUGGUGUGCUCCCUGCCGCUCACUAUUGCCGGGUUUGUCAAUGCAGUACACCUGGUAGGGGAUGACCAGGAAAACCUGCUGGCGUUCCGUUUCCAGGCGCUCAACCCCAUCGUGGACCCCUGGGUCUUCAUCAUCUUCCGCAAGUCCGUGUUCCGCCACCUGCGCUCCCUGCUGCGCUGCCGCUUCACUGGGGGGGCGGUGAAGAGCACGGCGGCUCACUGCGCCCUCACCUCAGAACCCCAGGCCAUCCCACCCCCCUCCAGCCCGUAACCCUACUCUAACCUGCCUCCCUGACAGACGGGCCAGACCCUAAGAGAGGACAGGAAAAGGACAGGAUUGUACAGGAUUGAACGGGACAGCAUUGGUUAGGACCGGACAGGACAGAUAUGACAUUGUUAGUUUCGGACACGGCAAAAGAUGGAAGAAGCAUCAGACACUGGAUGGAUUGAUGAAGAGCAGAGCAAAGCCACUACGUCUGGCCAGAGAAGGAACUACAUGAUCACCCAGCUCUUACUGUGGGACUAUCAGUGUCCUGUCCUGUCUACACCAAAGCAAAAUGACCCUUGUUGUAAGUGCACUGGACCUCUGCUAUUAUACAGACAUUAGAGUACUGAGUUACAUAUAAGAACAUGUGAGUUGUUUUACCUGCUUCAGGACCGUUUAAACAAUGUAUUCAAAAUGUAUAUGACCCAUUAUCUUAUUACAACCCGACGGGCAUUCACAUUAUGCAGAGGCUCAGCACGGGGAUCCCAGGCUUUGCAACGCUGUGCUGGUACUGAUUCAAUGCUCUGUGUGGGUGUUGACAAAGUAGGAAGCUACGUGCAGCUACUGCCAAUCCCGACCUUCGUUAUUACCGCCGCACUGCUCCAUAUGUGAAUGCCCGAUUACAUGAAUGAACAUAACUUCGACCCGAACAGAGGCUGAACUGGCCUGAACUGCAGAUGAAAAGUUUCUGUCAUGAGAACCUGCAGUGUUAUGGACUAUGAACCCCUGUGUCACAGGGUUUGACGUGCAUGGUAAUCACCGCCAUAAUCAUAAUUGCUUCCUGUUCAGAGGAAGUUAACCAGGAAAUGCAACAACAUUGCACUGGGUCCCUGUCAUGGUCACUAGGGCCUACAUACCAGGGGACUGAUUGUAUUUCUAUAUCUCUCUGUCAUUCUCUCUCUCUCUUUCUCUGAGCUCAUUAAGCAGAUUCCACCUGUAUUUGAUAUGACUGAAAUUCAAUCUUCUACAGCAUUUCUGCCCCAAGUCCUCCUGUGUUUGUGUCUGUGUGUGCAUGAAAAUGCGUUCAUGUCGCUGCAUGUUGAGGGAGAAGAUCAAUGAAUGUCAUUGUAUCCAUAGAGGACCACCAUUACGGCGCAUGUGACGUCGGCUCCCACUCAGAUGUCUUCAGUCCAGCUCCAACAUACAGACCUGUACAGACAAUGUUCAAAGACCUCUCCUCCACUCUCUCACUCACCUCAUCACCUGCUAGAGCAUUUCAUUUAGCUGCCAGGGUAGGAAAGAUAGAGUCUUACAAAAGGACCUGACGUUAUUAUGCAUGCAUAUCUGUGUGUGUGCGUGCGUGUGCGCAUGUGUUGCUUUGUAUGAAUGCGUCCGUGUACUCUGUGUGUGUGUGUGCGUGCGUGUGUGCGUGUGAUGUUUCUGUUUGACGUUUUAAGGUACCUAAAUAAAUCUUGCUAGAUAUUUUAGCUACCUUUGUGUGUACAGAAUUUAUGCCCUAUAAAAAGUCAUCAUAAUGUGUGUGUGUGUCUGUGGCUCACAGUACUGUUUAUAGAUAAGUGCUGUGGCAUGCACUGUGGCUUAGUUUCGUGUGUUAGUGUCUGAGUGUGUUUUGUGGCAUGUGCUCCAAUGGUAGCAAGUCAUGUGUUGAUGUUUUUUCCUGUUGUCUUCUUUUCCUGCCUUGCAUAGCUGUCCUCAAUUGCCAGUUUUUGCAUUCUUGCACUUUUGGUUCAACUGUGAGUAUACAAAAUUUGAUUUUGCAGUAUUGACAUCCUUUUAAAAAAAGAAAAUGCUAAGUCAUAAAUAAAUGUUGUGUAUAAAAUCCUGUACUGAUAUGGUUAGAUGUAAACUGAUGUAUGAGGUAAAAUAUAUAAUAAAUUGAUACAACU